AUGCGUCUCUCACUGCCCUUGCUGUGUGCCCUCCUAGCCCACCAAGCCUCCUCAGCAGACAUCUCUCUCGGCUUCGACACCCCACAAGUCAACGAGAACCGCACCAUUGACGAAAUCUACCAAGCCGCCCUAGCGGAAGGCGGCAUCGUAACAUGCUGGCACGGCGGCGACGAAGUCACCCAGCAAGACGGUCUCAAGCGCGCCUUUGAGACCCGGUUUCCGGACAUGACGCUCAACAUCACAGUCAACCGCUCCAAGUACCACAGCGUCAACGUCGACAGACAGCUCGCCUCGGGCAGGCCGCUCGAGGAACAGCAGGAUGCGCUACUGCACUAUGCUCCGAAUAACUAUCUCAAGGUGUUGGCGCCGUUCCGCCACGUACGCGCGGCGUACUACGGCUUUGCGAUGAAUGCGUGGUCGACUGUCUGGAACACGCAGAAGCUUGCGAACCCGCCGCGGGAGUGGCCGGAUUUCUUGAAGCCCGAGUAUAAGGGCAAGAUUGUCCUGACGCACCCCAGUGACGACGAUGCUAUCGCGUACAUCUUUGACCUCGUAAUGCACCAAUAUGGUCCCGAGUGGUUCGACGGCCUCCUCGCCAACGAGCCUCGCUGGGUCCGCGGUACGGGAUCGCCCCUGGCCGUCCUACGCCAGCCCAACAGCACGCAGUCCGUCACCUUCACCGCCAGCAUCGGUCUCCGGUCCUCGGGCAGCCUCAACGCCUCUUUUCCGACGGAGGGGCUCUUUGUCAGCUGGCCGCGGUCUGUCGCCAUCUUCAAGGACGCGCCGCACCCCGAUGCUUCGAAGCUGUUUGCCAACUUCCUCCUCGAUGAUGGGUUCCAGCGCAAUUCUUCGCAGUGGAGUGCUCGGAAGGAUAUCACGGCGCCUGGUGGCUACCCGGGGAUCCUCGACAUGGAUACAACCAACUCUGCCGAGUAUCUCCGAUUCAUGUCGGAUCGCGGUAGGGUGGAGGCUCUUAGGAUGAUGUUUGAGGAUAGGAUCGGGAUGCCGCAGGGACCUAGUCCUCUCGUUGAUGACCUCUGA